AUGCUAGAGUACCCCGACCCCGAUACUAUACGAAUUUUGGUCACCUCAGACAAUCAUGUUGGUUACAAUGAGAACGAUCCUAUGACGGGCGAUGACUCUUGGAAAACGUUUGCCGAAAUCAUGUCUGUAGCACGCGAGAAGAAUGUUGACAUGGUACUGCAGGGCGGAGAUCUCUUUCACGCCAACAAACCUUCUAAAAAGGCCCUCUAUCACGUCAUGAAGUGUCUGCGUCUAAAUUGCAUGGGCGACAAGCCGUGCGAAUUGGAACUGUUGAGUGACCCAUCCACGGUGUUCAAGUAUGGCGAGUUCACCGACGUUAAUUACGAAGAUCCCAAUAUGAAUGUUUCGAUCCCUGUGUUCGGUAUUUCCGGCAAUCACGAUGAUGCGUCCGGGGACGCCUUGCUCAGUCCCAUGGAUAUCCUCCAAAUCAGUGGACUAGUCAAUCACUUCGGGAAAGUUAUGGAGAGCGAUAACAUUGAGGUGACGCCACUACUGUUUCAAAAAGGUAAUACCAAGCUGGCCCUGUAUGGCCUAGCUUCGGUGCGCGACGAGAGGUUGUUUCGGACGUUCAAAGAGGGAAAAGUCAAAUUCAAUGUUCCUGCCGUAAGAGACGGGGAAUGGUUCAGUAUCAUGUGCGUGCACCAGAAUCACACAGGACACACAAACACUGCUUUCUUGCCCGAGCAGUUUCUGCCAGAUUUUCUAGAUCUCGUGGUUUGGGGGCACGAGCACGAGUGCAUUCCCCAUUUGAUGCACAACUCUACUAAAGGCUUUGACGUUCUACAACCAGGCUCCUCGGUAGCCACCUCGCUGUGCGACGCAGAGUCAAAGGAGAAACAGGUUUUCAUUCUGGAGAUACAGAACGGAAAGCAACCGCAACUGACUGGAAUACCACUCAAAACUUCGCGGCGAUUCAUUAUGAGAGAUGUAUCGCUUAAGAGUAUAUCGGCUUUGAAGCCACACGACCGCGAUUCAAUCACGAAGUUGCUCCAGCAGGAAGUGCAAGACAUGAUUAAUGAAGCUCUGGGCGAAAAGGCCCAAAAAAAUGCAGAAGGGUUGGAGCAGAUAAUUCCUACCUCAGACCUGCCACUGAUUAGGCUUCGUGUGGAUUAUAGCGCCAAAUCCGAGCAAGGACUGGAUUACCAGGUCGAAAACGCCAGACGGUUUAGUAACCGAUUCGUAGGUACAGUCGCCAAUACCAACAACGUAAUUCAGCUUUACAAGAAAAAGAAGCAAACUGCGAAGAAGGCGCAAGAUCGCAUGGAUAUCGACUCGUUGACGGGCAACAGAGAUGGUGAUGUAGGUGUUCAGGCUAUGGUGCAGAAUUUACUCCAGUCCAUGAAUUUGUCUUUACUUCCGGAACUUGGUCUCAAUGAAGCUAUCGGUCGCUUUGUGGAGAAGGAUGAGAAAAAUGCACUGAAAGACUAUAUUGACCGAGAGAUUGACAAUGAAGUCAAAUUGCUUAUUACAAAUCAGCAAUUGGGAAAUGUCGACGACAUCCACGAUCUCAAAAAGCUCGUUAAAGACGUACGAUCCGCUAAUAGUCUGAAUUCCAAUCCUCAAGCGUUUAGAGAACAGGAAAAUGCCGCUGCUUCAUUUGCUACGCAGUCGUGGGGUAGUGGAAUUACCGGGCGAGAUGUGGAGGUAGAUUCGUCGGGCACCAAUGGCCGCACUUCAAAAUCUAGGAUGAGGAAUACCGUAAAGCACAGGACUCAGAAGCGUAAUGGUCCUUCUGGUUUGAGUGCCGAGAUUAUUGAGUCGGAUGAAAGUGAUAGGGAUAUCUCACCAAUUGAGAUUGACGACGAGCCUGAACCAACGACGCAAAGUGGAAGACGAGAUGUUGAUACCAUGGAGCCUCCAGUUACAGAGGGAGGUUCUGGUCACAAGACUUCCACCACAAGAAAGCGUCGGGCCAAAACAAAUACCAAAGGAGGCCGAACCCCCAAAACAGACGUGCUGAGCAGUCUGCUCGCCAGCAAGAGAGGAGGAUGA